GCAGUCGACACACACACACGUGUGACGUCACGACCUGCAGAGUCUUCUACCUGAGAGAGCGAGGUCGCGUUAGUUUUAACAACGCGAUGACUUUCUCCUUUUAGGUGGGUAGAGAGGAAGCUUGCGACACAAAAGGUGAGCGCAAAAAACAGCUGCCCCUUCGGAAAUCGCUGCUCGCCCGCGGGAUGGACGCCCAUAGACCCUGAGAGACGCUGGAACUUUUAAAAGAUGAUGCAAAGCAGCAGAAACACGACGCCGCGGCCGCCACCGCGAAGGGGCCCAGGACGCGCCUUCGCCACCUCCGAGGGAGACCAAAGUCCUCGGGCACCUUCAGACAGGACCGUGUCCGAAUACAUGAUUGCGAAUGAACGAUUAAGUGUCCGCGACCCGCAGCCUUCCACGUCAAGGGGCGGAUUCAGGGACAACCAGUCCGACAUCUACGCCCAGCAUCAAGGCACUUACAAGGCGCCUUCAGAAUUCAGUCGUGCGUCUUACCCCCGCUCAGAGGCAGUGUCUGUCAAAAGCAAAAUAUCGCGCAAGGGAGGCGCCGUCGUCGAGACUGUUUCAGCUCCGAGCCCCUUCUGCCCGGACACUCGAGGAAUUUGUUGUCUGAUGUUGCUCCUCAACUUGGGCAUCAUGCUCAUUUGCCUGGGAUUCAUUAUCGUCAUUCAAUUCUACGACCCACUCAUUAUUUGGAUUCUGGGGAUAAUUUUCCUGGUCUUUGGUUUUGUCACCUUGAUCGGAAGUCUGAUUUACUGCGUCUACGUGUGCCGAGACGCCAAAGACCCGCGCGAGUUCGACCUGAACGAGUUCUACUGGACCAACAGGUGGCGCGGCAAAGUCGGCUCGGCCCCGCCGUCCGAAAUCCACUACAGGAGCGAGCACAUGUACUCGGACGAGGACCGCUCCGGCAUCAGCAAACUCAGCUCCAGGCGUUCCGACAGAUACUAAAAAAACCUACCCCACCUUUUUCAAAUUUUUACUCGAAAGGUGCCGCCGUAACUUUUUUUAACACAUUUGCAUCUUUUUUAACUCAUUUUGUUGUGUUCGAGCAAAAGAGGAAACAACUGAACAAAAACUUCUCUCGAAAUGUAAUAACUGUGAUAACAAAAAACCUUUCCUCUAAAAUCUACAACAAUGUCAAAAAAGUACACGCAAGGUUGUAAAAUUUUAAAUUUUUAUUUUCAUGAAUAAUUAAUUUUUGAUUAUGUUUUAAAAUAACAUCUGAUUAAUUAUAGAAAUAAAUCUACUUAUUUUACAAUAAA